GACUUUGGUUCGGUUGGAGGCGCGCGCUCGUUCAAAACACCAAACACAAGACCAGUAAAGUCUUUGCAACGCGAAGCAGUGUAAACCAAAACACAGCUCUAAGCAGAGAAGUUCGUUCUCUGCGCGCGCCAAAAAGGAAAAUCCCACAACAAAAAAGAAAUAAAUAAAAAUAAAUUUCAUCCUUACCUAUUAUUCGUUCCGUGUGUAUUAACGUUUAUACCCCGUCGUGCCUGUGUCCAAGUGUUUGUAACUGUAACAAUUAAAGUGUUGAAAAAAUAAUGCAUCAGCAAAGGAUUAAUAAAAUAAUAACUGUUUCAAUCUGACAAAAACUACACAACAAGAGAGUGAAAUACACAAAAAUACAGAAAGGAGUAGCAGCAGCAAGCAGUGGAGCAACGGAAGGAGAGACAUCCAGUGUUUACCGUUGUCUUUUACCAUCCACAUCUCCGACCCGCAUUCGUGUGCGGUGGUCCCCUCCGGCCUCCUCAUGAAAUGCAAAAGUUGGUCCAAUAAAUUCAACAAUUUCGUCGUACGCCGAUUCAAGGCGUCAAUCAAGAGUAACGGUACGCAACACCAGCAGCAGCAGCAGCAGCUUCAGCCCUGCAGCGGGGCCAGCAUUGCAGCGGCCUCCAUCGUCUCGGCUGCAGCUUCAAGCAGCAGCAGCAGCAACAGCAUCAGCGGUUGCAGCAGCAUUGAGCAGACACAGACGUCGUCGCAGCAACAGCAACCGUUCAACAUUGCUGCCACAACAGCAACGACACCAGCGGCUACCAUGCCGGCGGCAAUGGCCAAGGAGAAAGCCACAACGCCAGUGUCCUUAAGCGAAUCGAAUUUCGAAUUGAAACUAAAAGAGUAUCAGGUCGCCAUGGCCGCCACAACAGCGGCGUCCCGACUGCAACAGAACACGUGCGGCUGUGGGGUAGCUUCUGCCACCACUAUCGGCAGCGGCAGUGCCACAAAAACGAUGUCGACAAAAACAGAGAACAACAACAACAGCCGCUAUGGCACCAGCAACAAGUAUCUGACAAACGGCCACACAUCGCCUCUGGCGGCAGCGGUGGCCAGCAACAGUUCGUCUGUUGCCUCGACGCCGCAGUGCAGCAAAGCUUGCUGUCGGAAUCAGUACCAGAAUGGAAUCUGCCCUGAAUUGAGGCAGCAGGACAUACUGGACAUGUUGCAACAGCAGCAACAACAGCAACAACAACAGCAGCAGCAACAACAACAGCAACAGCAGCAGAAUCCUCCGCCCCGUAGAUCCCCAAAUGAUUUCAUCUUUGGUCGCUACAUCGGAGAGGGAAGCUUCAGCAUGGUCUACCUGGCGGUGGACAUUCACUCGCGACGCGAGUAUGCAAUUAAAGUCUGCGAGAAGCGCCUGAUCCUGCGGGAGCGCAAACAGGACUACAUUAAGCGGGAGCGCGAGGUGAUGCACAUGAUGACCAGUGUGCCCGGCUUCGUGAAUCUCUCGUGCACGUUCCAAGACCAGCGCUCCCUCUACUUUGUGAUGACAUACGCCCGCAAGGGCGACCUCCUGCCGUACAUCAACCGCGUGGGCAGCUUCGAUGUGGCCUGCACCCGUCACUAUGCCGCCGAGCUGCUGCUCGCCUGCGAGCACAUGCACCGCCGCAACGUCGUCCACCGCGACCUCAAGCCCGAAAACAUCCUUCUCGACGAGGACAUGCACACACUGAUCGCCGACUUUGGCUCGGCCAAGGUGAUGACACCGCGCGAGCGUGCCUUUGCCUCCGAGCACUGUGCGGAGACGCGGCGAGGCAACUCGGACGACGAUGACGAGGACAGCGACAAGCUGGACUACGAUGACGAGGAGUAUUACGACAAGGAUUCGGAGCUGGAUGAUGGCGAUGAUGAUCAGCAGCACACCGCCGAUGAGAUGGACUCGCCACGACAUCGCCAGCGUCGCUAUGCGCGGCGUCGCAAGGGCAGCUUCGUGGGCACCGCCCAGUAUGUGUCGCCGGAGGUUCUGCAGAACGGCCCCAUCACGCCCGCCGCCGAUCUGUGGGCAUUGGGCUGCAUCAUCUACCAAAUGAUCUCGGGCCUGCCGCCCUUCCGUGGCAGCAACGAUUAUGUCAUCUUCAAGGAGAUCCUCGACUGUGCCGUCGACUUCCCCCAGGGCUUUGACAAGGAUGCCGAGGAUCUAGUCAGGAAGCUGCUCAAGAUCGAGCCCCGCGACCGCCUCGGUGCCCAGGAUGAGUUCGGCUACUACGACAGCAUCCGUGCCCAUCCCUUCUUCGCCGGCGUCAACUGGGAAACACUCCGCCAACAGACUCCUCCUCCCAUCUACCCCUACCUGCCCGGCGUCAGCCUGGACGAGGACUUCCGCUCCAGCUACAGUGUGCCCGGAGACCUGGAGCCAGGACUCGAUGAGCGCCAAAUCACCCGCCUGCUCAGCGCCGAGCUGGGAGUGGGAAGCAGCGUGGCCAUGCCCGCCAAACGUUCCACAGCCAAGAAUUCCUUUGACUUGAGCGAUGCCGAGAAGCUGCAGCGUCUGGAGCAGCAGAAGACUGACAAGUGGCACGUGUUUGCCGACGGUGAGGUGAUCCUCAAGAAGGGAUUCGUGAACAAGCGCAAGGGUCUGUUUGCCCGCAAGCGAAUGCUCCUGCUAACGACUGGACCCCGCCUCAUCUACAUCGAUCCCGUGCAGAUGAUCAAGAAGGGCGAGAUCCGCUGGAGUCCAGAGCUGCGAGCCGAAUACAAGAACUUUAAAAUCUUCUUUGUCCAUACGCCGAGUCGCACCUACUACUUGGACGAUCCCGAAGGCUAUGCCAUCCACUGGUCCGAGGCCAUAGAGAAUAUGCGCAAGCUGAGCUACGGCGACUCAACCUCCUCAUCCGCCUCCUCCUCAGCGUCGACAUCAUCGUCGUCGGCGGGAGCCACCACCAUAUCCUGCUCGAGCGGCAGCAGCAUAAGUCUGGCUGUGGCCGCCGCCCACUCCGUUUCAUCCGCAAACAGCUCACCAACGGCGCGACGCAGUUCGCCUGUGAGUGCGCCGGGUAGCCGGCAACAGCAACAGCAACAGCAACAGCAGACGCAGUACGUCAUAAAUUCAGUGGCAAUGCACGCCAAGGCGACCACGGCAGGCGUCAUCACUGGCGGCACGCUACACCGGGUGAAAAGUGCGCAGAAACUUUAUGCCAAGGCCAUAUAUGAUAAUUAUGCAGACAGCCCCGACGAGCUGCCCUUCAAGAAGGGGGACAUCCUCACCGUCAUCGAACAGGACACGGAGGGCAUCCAGGGAUGGUGGCUCUGUGCGCUGAAGAACCGACAGGGUCUAUGCCCCGGCAACCGGUUACGCAUUUUGAACUCGUACGAUUCGGGCUGCUUCUCGCCAUCGCCGGCCAGCUCCCCGAUACCCUCGCUGGCAGCGAGCACCGCGACGCUAAACAGCUCCAUCUGCUCCGCGGAGAUCUAUGAGAAUGGGUCCAUCAUCAGUGCAGCCUCGUCCUCAGGUGGUGGUGGGGUGACAAAUGGCCAAGGAACGACAAAUGGCCAGGAAUCGUCGUCUGCCACACAGGGACGCGGCGCGAGACGAUCGUGGCAUGUAUCACCGAACAAGGUAAUUACACCACAGAGACACGGUGAUGUCUACAUCUACAACUGCUCGCCUACGUCGUUGCCUGGAGCGGGCACAGGAGUUCGCACCUCACAGCAGCAGAUCUACAGCAACCAAAGCAUCUACCAGAACCUCUCCAUGAUGGCAGCAGCCCAGCAGCAGAAUCAGAACGGGAGCGGCAGUGGCAGCGAGUUCGAGACCUACGACAUACCCAAGCCUGCCACGCCCGUGCCGCUGAACUACGACAGUCCCAAGGGCGGACACCCGAGGACACCCACAUCCAUCUCCGGACUGGGAGCGCGCUUCGAAUCGCUGAAGAGCGUGGUCGCCUCCAUUGAGGAGGAGUCGUACGAUGUGCCGCGACCGCUCAUCAGCAGCGGCCUGCUGCAGCAGCAGAUGACGCCGAGCAGUUCGGCCUCCUCCCUGCUGACCAGCGACAGCCUGUCCCUCAGCUUCUCCAGCUCGAACCGCUCCUCGCUGGCCAACAUGCCCGACUACGAUAUCCCGCGCCGCAAUCCGCUGCCCGUGCGCCGCACACCCCUUCAGCCGAGCGGCCUGACCUACGACUUCCCUCUGCCGCCGCUGCAGGAGCAGGAGCAGCGCCUGACCAGCGCCCAGAGCAACGGCAACAGCAGUCCCGCCGUCGUCAAGGAGCUGCCCCUGGAGCUGAGCUCCGCCCUCGAGACGCUGGCCAAGCUGCAGUCCCAGACCACGUCGGCCAUCACGCGGCUGCUCAGCUUCGUGGUGCCCAAUUGGCGCAUCCGCAGCCAGCUGGAACCGGCCAUCAUGGAACUAAAACUGGCGGCACUUCGCCUACGCACGGCCCUGCACGAUCUGGCCGAGUUCGGAGAGGGAGCUCUGGGCAAUGCCACGCGUUCGGAGGAUCGCAAUCUGGCGUUGAAGCUGCGGCCGCUGGUGCGGGCCCUGCGGGACGCCAACAAGCUGAUACACGACUCCAGUGAGGCCCUGGACGCUCAGGGCGGAUGGUCUGUGGAUGUGCUGGCGCGGAGUGACGAGAAGCAUGGCUGCCGGCCGCCAGAUUCGCUUGAUCAGCUGAUGGCCUGCGCCCAGACCCUCACCGAGGACGUACGCUCCACCACCAGCUUCAUCCAGGGCAAUGCCUCGUUGCUCUUCAAGCGUCUGCUGCCCGCGGAACAGAACGGAGGAAGCGGAGGCAUUCCUGCGUCCAGCGAUGGCUGCAGCCGAGGCAGCGCCGAGUGGCUGGAGGACUACGAUUACGUGGCCUUCGAGUCCAAGGAUGCAGCGGCCAAGAAGAACCAAUCGCUGCGCGAGGCCAUUCCCGUUGGCCUGAAGACGCAGUUCGACACGGUGAUCCGCACCGCCGAGAGCACGGCCAUGGGAACGACGGGAGGAGUGAGCUCAGUGCCAACCACACCGACAGCGGCCACGCCCUGCAAGUCGCCGGAGAUGACAGACAAGGACAAGAAGCUGGUGCGCUACUACGCCCAGCAGAUCUCCACGCACAUGGGCAACCUGAUGCAGGCGAUCGACUCGUUCCUGGAGACUGUGGAGAAGAACCAGCCGCCCAAGUUCUUCAUUGCCUACGGCAAGUUCGUGGUGGUCAGUGCCCACAAUCUGGUGACCAUCGGCGACAAUGUGCACCGCAAUAUUUCGAAGGAGGCGCUGCGCGAAAAGAUCCUACACUGCACCAAUGGCCUCUCCGAUGCCCUGAAGACGUGUGUUCUCAAGUCCAAGAAGGCGGCAGCACACUUCCCCAGCGGCAGCGCAGUGCAGGAGAUGGUCGACUCGGUGGUGCACAUCAAUAGUUUGGCCAGGGAGCUCAAGACGGUCAUGCUGCAGGCGGUGCAUCUGUCAACGGCCGCCGGAGUGGGUGCCUGAACAACAGGAUCGUCCCGCCAUCACGGCACAGUAUUACGAACUGGUGCAGCUUCACCCUGCCCGCUAAGGUCACAGAAUCAGUGUCUAGCGUUUGCGUAGACUUGCCCAGAGUCUUCCAGCCUGACAGCGCAAUGUUCCUUAACGCUUCGUUCCCCAUGCACAUCCAUCCAGGUGUACAUCUGAAAUUGGCAUAUCCACCCACAGCAGACAGAGGCGUCUGUCGCUUUUAUUUUGCAUUGUGAUAUUUUUGAGCAAAACAUCUGAAAAUGCACAGCACCCCCAGGAGUAGCAGCAGCAGCAGCAGCCGCAUCAACACUACGAUCGCACGAUCUCUCCGCAUAAAGUCGAUAAAAACUGCAAACUACGAUCCCUAUUUAGAUCCCUAUUUAGAUCGGAAAGUCAGUCGCUUAGUUUUAAGUUUCGAUUCCUGUGUACAUAUAUUUCGCCCAUUUUAGCUUAAGACUUUUGUAAAUGUCCAUCUUCCUAGCUCUAGCCCUAGCCCUAGCCCUAGCCGUAGCCCUAGCUGUAGCCGUUGCCCUAGCGCACAUCAUCCUCCCAGCAUCAGACCCGCUCAUAACCCCACGCCAUGCGCACAAACAAUGUUGUAUCAGUGAAGCAUUUCAGCGUAGAAUACUAUUAAUAUUAUAUUGUAUACCCUAGAGAUAGUCGUAACCAUAUUAUAUACAUACAUACAACAGCUAGGCAUGCAGGCAUAUACAACAAAAAAGUACAUACAUAGUCAAAAUCUGAAAGAUUUACAUUCAUUUACAACAUUUUGCAUUUGCGCCAUGGCAAUUUAGUCAUCAAUAUACAAAAAAUAUACACAUUAGCAUUAACUAUCACUAUGAGAAAAUGUAACAAAUAUGAAUAAUAUCAUAUGGUAUGAGUGGAAUGAGGGACGGUGUCCGGUCCAAGCUUAAACUAUGCAAAGGGAAUAUAAUAAUAUUAAAACAUAAA